CUGACCCGAUCAAUUGACCGGUUUGUUAGCCCAGAUCCAAGUGCAACCUUUUCGUCUCGCAGAUUCUGGCGACGGGCGGGAAGAGAGGGGGAGGCCAAAAAGUUUCAAAUCUGGCGCCGAGAGAAUCCCAAACUCCCCUCGGAGAAGGCGAGAAGAAGCCGGAGGUCGCUAAAAAAACCAACGCGAUUUCUUGAGGAAUAGAAGAAGGUAAAAAGGAAGUGGGGAAAAAAAUGAAGGCAAAUCGGUCAGGUGUGAGGCCGUUUGGCCAGACUACCCUUCUCUCCUCUUUCGUCUCCGCAUCAAGGCAUCCCAAUGAAGACGCACGAUCAAAGCCAUCGAAGCAAUCGGUGUCGCUAUCCGAGUUUUUGAAUCGAAAGAUCGCAAAAACUACCAGCAGAUCGAUUAAGGUGAAGCAGAGCACCUUUGCAUCAAUUGGGUCCGGCAACAAGGAUUUGGGGCGUCAAAGAGAUGAUGCGGCCGGUGGGGGUUUAGUUCUUGAUGAAGCUAGUUUCCGGCGAUUCAAUCGGCCGGCAAAAGAUGAAUGCAGCAUUGGAACAAGCGGGGUUAGUGGAGUUGGAGGAUUUGAGUCGGAAUCUACUGGAGUUAACCAGGAUUCAAGGAAAAGAAAGGACCCAUGUGGAGUUCCUUCAGGUGAUGAUGAGAGGGAUUCUACCCCAAAGUAUUUAGUCAUUCUUGGAGAUGAUCCAAAGCCCCGACCAAAGAAAAGAGAGAAGAGGUUCAUAGACCAGGGAUCCAAACCCCUUUAUAAUCACUAUGCAAAUGGAUGUGGAUGGUGGGAUGGUGACAAGGAAGGAGUAGACAGUGAAGAGGUUGGCUGCAAUGAAGUAUGGGAAGCAAUGGGAUCUACCACCUUGGGGGGCCUGCAAUGGCAUUAACUGAAUUUGAAGCUAUGCUCAAAGCUAAUUCAUACAAGUCACCUUGAUUUCUGAGUUAGAAAUUGUAUUCUAUAAAUAUCUUACCUGCUGUCACAGGAAUACGCGGUAUUUUGAUCUUUUCUAUCAACAACAUACUUUUUUCUAGGAAUGUUGAUAUUGAAAGAACAAGACGUUACUAUC